GCAGCCGAGCAAACAACUUCCAUAUUUGUUGCUCUCCUUCAACGAUUCUGCAAAUUCGGUUAUUGAUCCCCCUUCUCUCCCCUUCUCUCUCUAGUGGUUAUUAUGUAAUUAUUCAACGGUUGCCUCCGCAGCUGGAGCCGCAGCUUGUGUUAUGCUGGUAGCACACUUGUGCAUUUGUGUGUGUCUGUGGUGAGCGCGCGUGUGUGUGUGAUUUUAUGUCCUUUCGCGCUUCAGCUGCGAACACAGAGCACAGUUGUCGGUGUGGACUCGGCCCAUACAGUCAUUGGUCUCCGAAGAGGAUCACAGUUGCGCUUUUCUUGAAUAGCUCGAGCUCUAGGAGUGAAAAAGAAGCGGGAGGCGCGAGCUGAGCUUCCGGGUGUUGUUUGGCUAGAGAAAGCGCUCGAGAAUGUCCUUGUAUGACUGGAGCCAAGUCUUUUCCCGUGUUUGGAGCACGGAAUUACUCCCGUUUUGAACUUGUUCCUGGUUCGUUUCCACCCUUUUGCCAAGGCGAGAAUUUUCUGGAUACUUUUGUGUGCAGAGAGGAUUGUUUUAUAUUAGAAAGAGAACGGAAAGCUUUAUUUUUCAAACAAGUCACUUUUACGCAGAGAUGUCUUCUCGCCGCGCUGUGGUUUUGUGAUCGCCCACCAGAGCGUCGAGAGCUCUUCACCGGGACCGAGUCUCACACAGUGGGUCACCAUGGCAACGGGAGUGGCGGCGUGGUUACCCUUUGCCCGGGCUGCUGCUAUAGGAUGGAUGCCGGUAGCCAGUGCGCCCAUGCCGACGCCCCCGCCGGACAACCGGCGGAAGCAGGACGGGCUCAUCUUGCUCAAUGUCAGCGGACAGAAGUUCCAGACGUGGCGGAAUACAUUGGAGCGGUACCCGGACACUUUACUGGGCAGCACGGAGCGGGAAUUUUUCUUCCACGAGGAGACAAACGAAUACUUUUUCGACCGUGACCCGGAUAUUUUCAGACACAUUCUGAACUUCUACCGUACCGGGAAGCUGCACUACCCGCGCCAGGAGUGCAUCUCGGCCUACGAUGAGGAGCUGGCCUUCUUUGGGAUCAUACCGGAGAUCAUAGGGGACUGUUGCUAUGAAGAGUACAAGGACCGGCGGCGGGAGAACCAGGAAAGGAUCCAGGAUGACGAGGACAGCGAGAACCAGAACGAUAUGGUCCCGCCGGAUAUGACAUUCAGAGAAACCAUGUGGCGGGCCUUCGAGAACCCCCACACGAGCACCAUGGCCCUGGUGUUUUAUUAUGUCACCGGCUUCUUCAUUGCGGUUUCCGUGAUGGCUAACGUGGUGGAGACGGUCCCGUGCGGGACUUUGCCAAAUCGGGUCAAACAGGUGUCGUGCGGGGAGCGGUACGCCUUGGCAUUUUUCUGUCUGGAUACGGCCUGCGUCAUGAUCUUCACCGUGGAGUACCUGCUGCGUCUAAUGGCGGCGCCCAGCCGCUGGAACUUCAUCAAGAGCGUGAUGAGUGUCAUCGAUGUGGUGGCCAUUAUGCCCUAUUACAUCGGCCUGGUCAUGACUGACAACGAGGACGUCAGCGGGGCCUUCGUCACCCUGAGGGUCUUCCGCGUUUUCAGGAUUUUCAAAUUCUCCCGCCACUCUGCGGGGCUGCGCAUCCUGGGCUACACGCUGAAGAGCUGCGCCUCGGAGCUGGGCUUCCUGCUCUUCUCCCUCACCAUGGCCAUCAUCAUCUUCGCCACCGUCAUGUUCUAUGCUGAGAAGGGCUCCUCAGCCAGCAAGUUCACCAGCAUCCCAGCAGCCUUCUGGUACACCAUCGUCACCAUGACAACUCUGGGGUAGGUGCUGGUCCAGCUUACCAUACAGUGUAGAUGUGUGGUCACAUGCUCAGGAGGUAUGUUGUCGUGUCAACCCUAAAUCAGCAGCAUUGGUUUGCUGUUGCUCUCUCCUUUGAGUGUGUUCUCUCUACA